AUGGAAAACUUACCGGAAUCGGAAACACGUUUCGAUGUGUUUGUUUCAACCUGCGACAUCGGCGGAGUAGACGUUGGGGAUCUCAGGGAGCGUAUGGAAGACUAUGUCGGACGGGUGAAAGAGAUGAAGAUACUGGAUGAGAAGGCGGUGGAGAAAGAACGAGAAGAAUCGAUUUUGUGUGCAGAUUUUUCUGGAGUGAACCUUAGCCAAUUAGGAUUGUUCCUCUGUUCAUCUGGUCUUCCUGCAAUUGCUGAUGUAGCGGCAGCUAUUAAAGCUGAAAUAUGGAUUCGUAUGAUGAUAAAUAACCUCAUGUCAAACACACAACCACCCUUCAUUGGUAUGUUUACACAUAGGAGUAGUUGGCAGACUUUUGUUGUCAGUUAUAUUCCCAAGAAGCUUCUGAAACUCAAGGCAAUCUAUAAUUUAUUUUCGCCACGUGGGCUUCAAGUUGAGAAAACCAGCAACGUUUCUAAUAUUCAAUGCCUUGAGGUAGAUUCUAAUUGUGGUCAACAAACACGUUUCGUUUAG